AUGUUCGAGCGGGGGCGUCGAAUCAAAUAUGAAAUUCUGCACCGGUGGCUGAUGUCGAGACCAGAACGAGAACUGCAGCUCUCAGGAUGUCCAUUAGCACACUACCGGCAAGCAGUGUACCAGACGUUACAUUGGACCACGCCGCCCCGGUCAUCGCGAUCAGCAACCAAUGAGCUCAACAAUAUCGACCUCGGGCGCUCGGCCAUUCCGAUGGGUACGUCCAACUCGGCAAGACUCACCUUUGGCUCUGACAGCACACAUAAAAGUCGAAAGCGCAUCGACUUCUUUGACAUUAUGUUCGCGGAAAUGUCUCUCCGCCACUUUGGCAAGGACAGUAUGCAACUCGUCCAAAUCCGCCAGUAUAGGGAUCACCGACUGGUCCGACAUCUGGUCGUCCUCGACGAGGCGCGCGCUACGUCUGCGGUUGCCAAGAUCCCGCCUCGCGGUAUAAGUACAAAUCAAGCUGGUGCAGAGGUGGGUACGAGUGAAGUCAAAUAUUGCUGCCAGGCAGCUCUGCCAGAUGCCAGCCACAAUGACACCGUCACUCGCGAUAUGAUGGUGCACUGCCCUCAAGCCGUCAAGAAUCAGGCAGCCCUUACCAAGGAGAGCUUUCCCUCGCCGUCUGAACCCAUUCUAUCCCUCCUUGCCGCAUUGGCACUUGCAAUUAGGCUUGCUCCACUUGCCAUGCUCAUAUUUGCGCUUCCUGAAGCAAUUCCCGACGCGUCCACCCUCUUUCUCUUGACGCGUGGUUCACCUUCCACUCUCUCCGCCGCCACCCUCUUCGUACCCGCGCCUCCCACGGACGUAGAACCAUGA